AUGCGGUCUGCGGUGGGUGCGUGUCCGCACAGCCGUCACCGUGUGCGGCGCAGGGCCACUGCGGCUGUGCGUGUGGCGCUGCUCGUUUUGUUGGCGCUGGUUGCGGCGGCGGCGUGGAUGCCCGCGGUGCAAGCGGUGGUGUUGCGACUGCGGGGCGGCACGGUGGACAGAGCCAUCACGGUUGGCCACGCCGUGGACACGGUGCUGAUGGACGGCGUGUUCAUCACGAACGGCGUGGCUGUGGUGUUCGACGUUGCGGCGAUGCUUCCCGGCACACUGCGCAUCGAACUGAGGAACUGCGUAUGCGACGGCGGUGCGCAGAUCUACGUGCGGGGCUACAGCGACGAGCCGGCGAGUGACCGGAGCCUGGAGGUGAGUGUGAGCGGGCUGUCCGGGAGCUACUGCUCGCUCGUGUUUGUGCACAACCUGCCGGCACACACGAACGUGACGGUCCGUGACUCGACGAUUGUGACGGCGGGGCCGAUGCACUACUCGCAGCUGAGCGGGCUGACGGACGCGGUGGCGUCACCGCUUGUGCUGCACGCGACGUCGCUGUUGCAGACGCAGCUGCGUGUGAGCAACACCGUGCUGAGGUCGUUGCAGGUGGGCGGGUCUGCGGUGUACGUUGGCGGCGGCGUGGACCUGCUGUCGAGCGCAGUGGUGCUUGACGGCGUGUUGCUGGAGGCGUCGGGCGGUCCGACCGCGUCCGCGAUGCAUGUGGCGUCCUCGUCGCGUCUCAGUCUGCGGAGCCACUCGGUAUUCUCUGUGACGAACGUGUCGGUAGUGAGCAGCGGCGGCGGCAUUGUGCUUGGCGAGCGCCUCGCGGUGAUUGAUUCGGUGCUGCGCUUCGUGGGCGUUGAGGGGUCUGUUGCGUCGUCGCUGGUGCGCUGCGACGGUGGGACGGUGGAUGCCGGCGGGUGGCUGGACCUGCACGACGUGUGGGCGGUGGGCGAGGCGUUGUCUGUGGCGUCGCUGUCGGGGGUGACGCUCAGCGGCGGUGCCGUUUCGAUUGCACGCUGCGCUGCCACCGGCGCUACGAUUGUCUCCGGGCUGACGAUCACGAGCGGCGUCGUGUCGGUGCAGUGCAACCGUGCCGGUGGUCGGGUGCUGCAGAGCAGCGGCGACUACCGCAUGGCCGGCCUGCCCUCCGUGAGCGUGUUGCCGUGCGACGGCUGUGCGGCUGCGCUGGCGUGCUUCGAUGGACUGACGGCGUCCUUCUCCGAAUGCGUGUGCGGCUGCCGUGCCGGCGGUGUGGGCGAGGCAUGCCUGCCGUUCGACGUGCCGCUUGCGAGGGCCGGUGGCGGUGCGCAGGACUGCGUGAGUGGCGUGACGCUGACGGAGUCGGUGACGGUUGGCGGCGGGCGUGCGACGGCGUGCUUCGACUCGGUGGUGUUCGGCGGGCCGAUCAUUGUGGCGGUGGACCUGCGCUCGAUGGACGCGUUUGCCGACGCGGUGAACGUGACGCUGCACCACUGCGUGCUUGCGGGCGGCGCGCAGCUGCGGAUUGGCGGCCUCAGCGAGAGCACGGCGCACCUGAUGCCCCACGCCCUCGUCAACAUGACGAACUUGACGUCGCUGGAGGGCACGAUCGUGCUGCAUGGCGCGAUGCCGCUGCACUCGAGUGUGCUGCUGGCGAACUCAACGCUGCGCGCGACGGUUGGCGGGUCGCGGUACGUGCCGAUGACUCCUGGCCACGAGAAAUCCCGGUACGGCCCCGCGCUUGUUCUGGACGGCGUCCGUCUUCUGUCGACGCGGUUUGUCAUGACGCGGUCGACGCUGGUGUGUGGCGGGGGCUCGUGCGCUGCGAUCCUCUUGGAGCGCGGCCUCGGCGUGCACCUGUCCAGCGUCUUCUACAUGGACAACUGCGCUGUCAUGUCGCGGACGCACGUGAUGUAUGCUUUUGCGUCGGACCUGCGUGUCAGCGGCGGCUCCGUGUUCUCCAUACAGAACAGCUCUUGGAUUGCGCCGAGCACCGAAUACGAAGAAGGCGCGUGUGUGUUUGGGGAUGUUUUUUUGGAUGGCGGCAGCGUGCUGCAGGUUGUGUCCAGUAAUUUCCGUCUUGGCUUCGCCAUGCUCAUUGCAGAAACGCUGACCGUAACUGGUGGCAGCUGGCUGGUGCACCGCAACAACGAGUUCCGCACCGCCUACGUUGUGUACGUGGCUAAAUACGACGGCGUUGCGUUCCGCGAUCGGAGUGUGUGGUCGAUACUUGACAACAAACUCACGUACGCCUUGUACUCGUCCUUUACGCAUAUGACAAGCAACUGGCCACCACCAUCCGACACGCGCCCGAUCAUCUACGGCGUGUGCAACGAGGUAAUGGGCUCUCCUGUGACGGAUUACCGAGAAGGUCUCAAUAUUGGAGCACCCGUGACGGCACUGGACUGUGGCGCGUGCACCGUGGACGCUGUGUGCUUCGCUCCGAGGACGAGCAGCAUCAGCGGCUGUGAGUGUGAGUGCGCUGCUGGCGGCUACGGUGACACUUGUCUGCCAGCUGCUGUUCCGGACGGCCUUGGGCCGCUCCCGCUCCCCGACGCGAAGGACACGGAGGUCCGCUGCGUGCACGGUGGCAGCAUCAGCUUUGUGGACUAUCCUGAUCCUGGUGUGCGUGGUCUGUGCUUCGUCAACGUGACCUUCACCGCUGCGAUCGUGCUGGAUCUGUGGAGCUUCGACGCACCACAACAGACACUCAACAUCACGCUGCUGCAGUGCGUCCUCAUGGGCCUGUCGAUCAAGGGGAGUGGUGCACGCGUGCACGUGAGCGUGGUCUCCUCGAUGCUGGAUGCUUGUGAGUUGGAGUUCAGGGGCGAUUUCGGUGCGAGCUCCCAGAUACUGGUGGCGGGUAGUACGCUUGUGGCGACGUCGGACAACGCCAUUUUGUUUGUGGAGUUUACUUUUAAUGCGAAUAUGACCCUGCUGCUACUUGACAACUACAUCGAGGCUAAUAGGUACGCCAUCUAUUUCUUUAUUAGUGUCGUUGUUGUUGAUGGUGGCGGGAUCAUUGUGAAGGGGAAUACGCUGAGCACAACGGAGGAGGACGACGGUGUGGAAUCAUCUGUUUGCAUUAAUGCUGUUGGUUUGAAGAACGGCGGCUACUUUGACGUCGAGAACAACACGAUGAGGUCAGUCAAUGGUGUUAAUCUUCUUGGGGAUACCACCGUGAGCUCCGCGGGGCUGCUGAGAGUGGCGGACUGCACCUUCGUUGGCGGGACGGAAUUUUUUGAUCCCGCGCUGGUGUAUGUUUCUGGCUCAGUGACAGUCGAGGGUGGUGCGCACUGGCGUGUGGAGGGCAACAGCGUGGCUGCAGCCUCAGUAUUGAGUAUUCCGUACUCCUGGCAAAAACUUCAGCUGUCGGGCAGCGGCACCACCGUGGCGCUUGCACACAACCGUCAGGUGGACGAUAGUUUUUUCGUUGCUGAUCUUUCUCUGCCACAGACGAUUUUGACGUCACACGCGCGGUUUGUGGUUGGGUGCAACCUGCAGGGCGAUGAGGAGGUGUCGUACGAAGAUGUGCUUCCGGAGGGCGUGGAGCUGUUCAGAUGUGGCACAUGCAACGAUGACGCGGCGUGCUACAUGCCCGGGACGGAGUCGGUGGACCGCGGCUCGUGCUCGUGCAGCUGCAAGGACGGAUGGCAUGGCGCGUCGUGUCUUCCCUUCGAGGUGCCCGACACGGUUGUGCCGCCCGUGGCGGAGAGAGCCGUCGACGGCGACACGAGCUGCGUGGUGAACCAGACGCUGUCGAGCCUCACGCUGAACAUGUGGAGGACGCACCACUGCUACGCGGGUGUGACAUUCAGUGGCGUGGGUGCUGCGUUGACAUUUUCCUUCAACAGUAUGCCGCUGCAUCUCCCCAUCAACAUCACGCUUACUGGGUGCACGUUCCUUUACGGGGCUGUGCUGCAGUUUGUUGGAGAUGUUGAGGCCGCCGAGUCAUCCGGCGUCCUGAUCCGCGUGAGCCAGACGGUGAUGCGGUCCUCUGUUGUUGCAUUUAUUCUUGCUCUCCCGCAGCACUGCGAAAUCGCCGUCACGGAGGUUGACGCAGUGCAGUCCUCCGCGGUCCAUUUGCCGGACACAGUGAACAACAAGCUGAGCGUAUUGUUCCUGAAGAACGUCGUGUUGACUGCGUCCUCGCUGUUGGUCAGCAACGUAAAUGCGCAUGCAUCGAGGUAUGAUGCGUUUGGUUUGUACUCGAUCGGGACGCUGACGCUGGUGGGUGGCAGCUCGCUGUAUGUGCGGUACUGCAGCUUUGAGGGAUACACACACGUGUUCUACGUGCACAGUCUCAGUGUCAGCGAUCACUCUGUUUUUGCGCUGCUCAACAACACAAUGGACUCCGGAACAAGCUUC